GUUCUCAUAUGUUAAAUAUCAGAAUAAGUUGACUCAUUCAUGUCCUAUUCAUGUGACCCUCUAAAAUGCAUAUCUUCAACAUAUAAUAUCUAUUAAAGAGAAUUUGCCAUGGUUCAAUCGAUAUCAUGCGGUUUACCACAUUUCGCCCACCGGUGAUAAAUAUCGUCUUCGGUACUUUUUACCGUCAUCAUCCCGGUGGAAGCUCUAUCCACCCGAACCCGGCUCUCUUUAAAAACCUGAACUUCACACUACCUUCUACUACCGAAUCACCGACACAUUGGUAUAUCAUUGGACCGUCUCUUAGCGGAAAGACAACAUUUUUACAGAUUUUGAGCGGGAGUCACCUUUGCUUCCCCCCGUCUGCACGAAGUUAUCCUUAUCUGUCUAUGGAUGAGGUGCCUCAUAGAUUAAGGGUUCCGCAUAAAGCGAUUCAAUAUGUAGGAUUUAAUAACGAUGGAUUGGCAUCUAGCGUGACGACUUCGGCAUAUUUGUCUGCUCGAUAUGAGUCGAAGCGCGAGGACACCGAUUUCUCCUUAAGAGACUUCCUCUUGGGCAAUACAGAACUUAAUCCUCUAAAACGUCCACCCGAGGGCGGUUUCAAUCCAAAAUUAUUUGAUAGGGUAGUGAGAGAUCUAAAGCUUGCCGAGUUACUGGAUCUUCCCGUCACAUUUUUAAGCAAUGGCCAGGGACGAAGAGCUAGAAUUGCGAGAGCUCUUCUCUCUACUCCGGAGGUUUUAUUACUUGAUGAGCCAUUCAUGGGACUUGAUCCGCCUACAGUAGCUGGGCUGAGUCCGCUUUUACAUGGGCUGGCAAGUAGAGCUAGCCCGAGGUUGAUAUUAAGUGCAAGGCCGCAGGAUCCUAUUCCCGAUUGGAUUACACACCUGGCCUACCUCAGGGGAGACUGUCAAAUAGGGGCAAUUGGAGAGAAACAAGUUGUCUUGGAAAAAUUAAGACAAUAUGUUCGAGAGGUGUGGAAUGGGAAAUCAAAGGAAGACGAAAGCCUACCGGUGCAUAACUUAGUGCACGUCGGCAGAACGCUGACUGCUGAUGGGAUAGAUGGAGAACCACUAAUGGGCGAAAAGGCUUUGAAAGCUAGUGAGUCGCCAAUUGCUCAAGAUGCAGGCGUAUCCAGAAAUAUUGGGGAGCCCAUUGUGGAGAUGAAUGGGUGCAAAGUACAAUAUCGUGGUAAGAUCGCACUUGGAAACUGGGUACAAGAAAUCGAUGGGAAAAAACAAGAGGGUCUCUCAUGGACUGUGCGGCGAGGAGAGCGAUGGGGCAUCUUUGGACCCAACGGCUCCGGCAAGACAACCAUCGUAUCUCUCAUCUGUUCGGACCACCCUCAGACCUAUUCACUACCCAUGAAGUUGUUUGGGCGAAGCAGAUUGCCGGAAGUUGGUUCGGACCAGCUGCCUUUAACGUUCUGGGAUAUUCAAGCUCGAAUCGGGCACUCUAGUCCCGAAAUUCAUCAACACAUGCCCCGAAAUCUUACGGUGAAAGAAGUCGUUGCGAAUGCAUGGGCCGACACGUUCCGUUCGAAGGCUGUACUUGACGAACAAGCAAGAGAAAAAAUCAAGGCCUGUCUGCGAUGGUUCGAGGCUGAGUUGAACCCGGAAUUCAUAAAAACGUCAAAGCUUGGAUCCGAUGCACAAGAGAGCUCAGACCUACAGUGGGCAGACCACUAUAUGUUCGGAGAACUGUCCUUCUCCGCACAGCGGGUCGCACUGUUCCUGCGAGCAAUCAUUAAGAAUCCAGAUAUCGUUGUUUUGGAUGAAGCGUGCAGCGGUAUGGAUGAUGGUGUUCGGAAUCGCUGUCUUCUCUUCCUCGAGCAUGGAGAGACAAAAUCGUAUUCGAAGAACGACGACGGAUCGGAAACUAUUGUUGAAAGCGAUGCAUCAAAAUCAAACAACGUCAAGGUAGGAGGCCUCAAUGAGAACCAGGCUUUGAUAUGUAUUAGCCACAUUAGAGAGGAAAUACCGGAUUGCAUUAGAGAGUGGAUAUGUCUGCCUGAAGCCAAUUCAGGACUACCGGCCAGAUUUGGUGUAUCUAAAGCGCCUCUCGGGCGGGACGAAAAAAGCUGGAGACGCAUAUGGGGUAUGUAAGUCUUGAUCUACGGCGCUACUAUAAAUAUUUAGACCCGAAUUAUAUAGCAUUCCGGAUACACACUUGAUAGGUUAUACGGUCAGGUGGUAAACUGUGUAUAUCUGCCUGAUAUUACCUGCAUUGGCGGAGAGAGUUAAGCGAGUUACGCAAGAAAUACUAUGUAAUCCAUAUUCAGUGCGAGCAAUAAAUUCACCGAAUACGAAAUGGAGAGAAAAAGAGAAUGGUGGAUGAAGAACGCGUGGAUGGUCGGGAUAUUAAUGCAGAAUUAUGCGCUGCCAAGAUUAUACUGCCGCUGUUAUGUAGUUUUAUGUGGGGGUAGCGUGCACAGUUGCUGGGCAACGGUGGAUCAUUAGG